AUGAGGGUUGUCUAUCUCUUUGCACACAUCGUGUGUAGCGCGCUGCCUGCCAUCGCUGAUACCGCCUCGGGGCUAGAAGUACCUCAAGUUACGGCUCCUAAUGCUCUCAAGUCGGAGUACGUGACGGUCGGCAGACUUUUCAGGGCGCAGACACUCGGCCGCGAUGACCUUGAAGAUCGAACGUUUCCUGUGAUUAUCGAGGACUUGAGAGUCAUGCUUCAAUUUGUCAAGCUGAUGCCUAAGCUUGCGAUAGCUGCCAUCGAUCGUGGGCCUAUCGAAUUUCGUAGAAAUGCUUAUCACAGUGCAUUGCGCGACACUAUGGUCGUGAUGCUCACUACGCUCAAAAAUCGUCUUCCGCUAAAGCCAGAUCAUGAAUUCUACGUUGGUGUUAUUGGCGAGUAUUCCAGCCGGCUAAGCGAGUUUCUGACGGCAAUAUCGCUGUCUCUGGUUGAGCAAGCAAAGGUACCUGUUUCUGAGGUAGCGAAAGACCUUAAGCAGGCGCAGUUGAAGGAGUGGUUGGAGGCAAACAAAAAUCCUACGGACGUCAGCGAAAGUUUUACCAGCUCUCCAUUUUAUAGUGAUGAUAUUUUUGCUGACCUCAAGGAAGAGAUUGUAGGCGUCUACAAGAAGCUUUACGACGAGCAACACAAGCGACUUGAGGAAGCUUUACAAGGCGCAAAUUAA